AUGUCACAGUUGUAUGAAACAAGUGAACAAGAGGAAUUGACUUUGCAGUCUACUUCAAAGGAUACUUUGCAGUCUACUUCACAGGCUACUUCGCAGUCUACUUCACAGGAUACUUUGCAGUCUACUUCACAGGCUACUUUGCAGUCUACUUCACAGGCUACUUUGCAGUCUACUUCACAGGAUACUUUGCAGUCUACUUCACAGGAUACUUUGCAGUGUACUUCACAGGCUACUUCAGAAGCUACACCCAGGCUGAGUGAAGCUAUAGUGUUACCUGACUAUGUAAGAGCAGUAGAAACUGAAUCUCGCUGUUUUAUUGAAGGUUGUCGGAGACAAGAGAGGUAUAGAGUUCCUGUUACAACUAGGAAAAUGUUGUUAGAUGUCUGUAACUUCUAUAUCCCUAAAAACAAUAGAUUAUGCAACCACCACAUUAAUACGCAAUCUUGGGAUUUUCUUACUGGCGCUUUAGAAAAUUAUGUUAAUGUGUUUACAGCAUUGCAUAUUCAAAACAUGCUAGAAUUAAAAAGUUACUCAAAUGUUGGCCUUGAUUUUAUCAAUAUUCUUAAUAUGGAAGACCGUUUAGUGCACCAUUGGUUAGGCUUUACGAAAGAGCAGUAUCAAAGGAUUUUAGAUGAAGUGCCACAAUUGCUGCAAAAGUCAUCGGGCCCUAUUGCGUUAACAGCAUAUUUGAUAAAGCUGAGAACCGGUGAUUCUAACUAG